AUGUUGCCAUCGUUAGAUAAUGCAAGAGAAGGUUUUCUUUGUCCGCAAUGUCAUCAAGACAUGUCAAGUAUGGAAUCGUUACAAUUACAUUUUCAAACUGUACAUAUGAAACAAUCUUCAUCAACAACCAAAGGUUCAAGUUUUCUUUCAUUUGCGAAACAAAAAAUAAAAAAUGUUCAAGAAAAUCUUAAAAAACCUGCUGAACCAAUAAAACCUUAUGCUCAAUAUUUUUCAUUUACUUCAAAUGAUUUGAAUUUCAAACAACAAUAUAUGGGAUAUAUUCGUUCACAUAAUGAAUCUUUCACAGGUCUACGAAAACAUAAACAUGAUGAAAUGUUUAAAAAAGCAAGUGAACUUUUGCUUCGUGUGGAUUUAUUAACCAUGACAAAUGAACAUGUACCACCUAAUGGAAAUUCUAAAGAACGUCGAAAAUACGAACAAGGUAUUGUUUCAUGGAUGGAAGAUACUGUAUCAUCAGUAUGUGUAUCAUGUUCGAAAUCGUUUGGUUUAUCAAGACGGAAACAUCAUUGUCGUCUUGAUGGACAUGUUAUCUGUCAACAAUGUUCACAACUUUUUUCGUUUUCAUUAGCUCGAAAUAUACUCGAUCUAAAUACACCAUCUUCUUCAACAAAUAAUAGUACAAAAUUUCAAAAAUUAACUAACGUAACAAGUAUAAUUUCACCAACAAAUGUUAAUAAUGGAUCAAACGAUCAAUAUCUUCGUAUUUGUUUACCUUGUACACAGAUUAUACAACAACAUUUCAAUCAAAUACGUUAUAAACAUAUUCCUACGGAUGAAAUAUUUACUCUUUAUGAAAAAAUUAUUCAAGCAUUAAAUGAAUAUACGAAUAAUCAUCCAACAUAUUCAGCAAUAGUCGAUUCUCUAUUAAACGGAGACACAAAAUAUCAAAUCAUGGAUGCAAAACGUACAUAUCGAGAUUUAAGUAUUCACUAUGAAAAAAUCGAUUCUACAUCAAAAUUAAUACUUAAAUUAGCAGAUAAUGAUAAAACAUCAGAUAAUCGUUAUGCUAUACUUUGUCGAAAUAUUCGUACAUAUUCAUUACAAAGUUUACAAAAUUUUGCUAUAUCAACUAAACGUAUACCAACUGAAGAUGAUAUCAAACGAGCAUGUGAUGAGAAAAAACGAUUAGAAAAUGAACGUAUGGCUCAAUUUGCUUCUACUAUUCCAGGAUUGAGUGGUUAUGGAUCAGGAAUACCAGUUAAAUUGGAACCAUUUGUUCACCAAUAUUAUCAAGUAACACAAUUUCUUGAACAAGCUAAACUAGAUGGACGUCGUGAAGAUAUUGAAUCAUUAGAAAUGAAUUUAAAAGAACUGGAACGAGCAAUAAAUACCAUUCAACAUAAAUAA